CCGAGGCGCAGCGGCUGCCCGGGUAACGGGGAAGGUCCCGGCUGGAUGGAUGGCAGUGUGGAUGUGGGCAGGGUGGCCCAGCAGCAGAGCAGUCUCAGACCAUGAACUAUAUGGGGCACCUGGCUGAGUCCGUCUUUGUCACGGUGAAGGAGCUGUACCAGGACCUGAACCCUGCCACCCUGACAGGCUGCAUCGAUGUGGUGGUGGUGAGGCAGCCCGAUAACUCCUUCAAGUGCUCCCCAUUCCACGUGCGCUUCGGGAAACUGGGAGUGCUGCGCUCCAGGGAGAAGGUGGUUGACAUUGAAAUCAAUGGGGAGCCUGUGGAUCUGCACAUGAAGCUGGGAGACAAUGGAGAGGCCUUCUUUGUCCAGGAGUCAGAGGAGAAUGAGGACAGCAUCCCCUUCUGCCUCUGCACGUCCCCCAUCCCCAUGGAGCAGAGCCGGAAGGAUUCUGUCCAGCCAUCCCACGGGCAGGAGGCCACCGGUGCUGAAGUGACCCAGCGCAAGAGGAGGCGACGCAGGAAAAAGACCAAGAGGAAGGAGGUGUUGGACUCAGAGUCUGAAAGCUCUGAUGAGACCAAAGGCGAGAUGCCUAUGGAGGAGCUGUGCGAGCUGCCAGCCCCAGGUGGUGCAGGGUGUUCAUCCUUCACUGGUGCCCUCGAAGAAGAAACCCUGUUGUUGCAGUCCCCAGAGAUGCACCCGCACUCCGACGGGGAGCUGGGCUCUGCGGACAGCUUCAUGCUGAGCCAUCUAUCUUCUCCCAAAAGUGAUUCUGAACUGGAGGUCAGAUCACAGGACAGUUUUGCUCUAGGGGCUGAAUCCCACGUGCAGUGGACCUGGGGAAUGCUCCCUCAGGUGAAUAAAUUGGAACGAGUUGAACCAGCCGAGUCCUCGAAGACCAUUGCUACUGCAAGAACCUCCAUCUCUGCGACAAUGCUCCCAGUGGAUGAGGCAACCCCUCUUGCUGCCACCUCUGAAAGUCUGGAAGGGAAUCCAAGUCCAGCAGGACCUCAGGACAUACCCUGUUCCUCAGCUGUGUCUGUUAUUGAGACAACACUUGCACCCCAGGAUGGGAACAGCAUCCCCAGUGCUGGGGGGGCAGAAAGGUUGUUGGGGGCCUCCUCAGUCCCACAAGAGAACCAGGAGGAAGAUGGGAGUGUUGUGCCAGAGGCUCAGCCGGUUGUGGAGCCCUUUGAGGGAGCCACUGCUCGAAGGCGGGCAGGCUCAGAGGGCCCUGAGCACCAGCGGGAGAGGCAGAGGAGCCAAGGAUCCAUCGAAAGAAGUCCUCACUUGGGUCCCAGUGACAUUAACCUGGAAGACCUCUCCAACCUGGAUGAGAAGCAGGUGGCUCUCUGUUUCCCCAGGAGCAAAAGAAGAAGCACAGAGCAGAGUUUGAGGCCUGUGACAGACCCCAGCAACCCUGUGUGUGUCCAGCUGCCACCCAGCUUGCCUGCUGACAGCCCCCCGGACUGUGACCCCGCGCCCGCGGUCGCCCUGUCGCUGUGCGGGGGCCUGAGGGGCAGCAAGCAGAUCUCUCACGAGAAGUUCCUGGAGCACAUGGUUUCCUACCAGCAGUUUGUUGAGAAUCCAAUGCUUGUCAAUGAUCCGAACCUGGUCAUACUCAUCAACAACAAGUAUUACAACUGGGCAGUGGCUGGUCCCAUGGUCCUUUCCAUGCAGGCUUUCCACAGGAGCAUUCCUGAGAGCAUCAUUGACGACCUGGUGAAGGAGAAGAUGCCCAAGAAAGGCAGAAGGUGGUGGUUCUGGAGGAGGAAAGAAUUCCCAGCAGAGGAGAAGCAGCCAAAGCCAGGGGAAGCCAACGAGGGGAUGCUGCAGCCUGACUCUGCUCAGCAGAGGCAGGAGGAAGAAAGCUCAUCCAGUGAUUAUGAGACCCUGCACUCUGGGCACAUGUUGGCAAUAGAGGCCCCUGCUCAGAAACCUCUGCCAACCUACAAGAAAUCCCUGCGGCUCUCCUCCGAACAGAUCGAAAGGUUGAAUCUGCAGGAUGGCCCCAACGAGGUGGCAUUCAGUGUGACAACUCAGUACCAGGGCACGUGUCGCUGCGAGGCCACCAUCUACCUGUGGAACUGGGAUGACAAGGUGGUGAUCUCGGACAUCGACGGCACCAUCACCAAGUCGGAUGCUCUGGGGCACAUCUUGCCUCAUCUGGGUAAAGACUGGACUCAUCAUGGGAUUGUUAAACUCUUCCACAAAAUCCACCUGAAUGGCUACAAGUUCCUCUACUGCUCGGCCAGGGCGAUAGGCAUGGCCCACGUCACCAAAGGCUACCUCGAAUGGGUCAAUGACCAAGGCUGUGCCCUCCCCAGGGGCCCCAUCCUGCUCGCCCCCAGCAGCCUCUUCUCUGCCUUCCACAGGGAGGUGAUUGAGAAGAAGCCAGAGGUGUUCAAGAUCACCUGCCUGAGGGACAUCCAAAACCUGUUUGCCCCGAGAUGUCCCUUCCACGCAGCCUUUGGGAACAGGCCCAAUGUGAGCGGCUCUCCUGGGGCAGAGGGAGGGCUCAGGGGGGUGGUGGUGCCUUCCUGCAGCUCUCAUGCCAUGCUGGCCUCUGGGCAGGAUGUCUACGCGUACAAGCAAGUGGGGCUGCCAGAGAGCCGCAUAUUCACGGUCAACCCCAGGGGAGAGCUGAUGCAGGAGCUCACCAAGAACCACAAGUCAACGUACGAGCGGCUGUCGGAGGUGGUGGAGCUCAUCUUCCCUCCCCUGGAACAGAGGGGGAGAGCUGGUCUGGCGUGCCCAGAGUACAGCCACUUUUCCUACUGGAGACCUGUGCUGCCUGAUGUUGACUUGGAUGCCUUCUUCUAACCCCAUUCCCUGUGGAGGCCUGACCCAGGGCUCUCCUCUGUGUCCUUUGCCAGGACUGAAUGCUCCAGCUGCACCUCUUCCCCCGUUUGCUGCUCAGGCAUUUUGCACUUGUAAUAGAGGUCAUGACACCCCUUUUCAGGUGGCUAAAGGGAGUAAAAGGGAGCUCUGACUCUACAAAACCUCCAGUUGCUAAACUAAAACUAUUGUAAGCUGAGUCUCUUCUAAUGUUUGUAACCCCUCUAAAGCCUGGCUCUUUUUCAGAGGUGGUGGUUGAUCACUGUUUUAUUUAUUGAUGAGCCUCUGGCAUAGCUAUUGCUAC